AACUACAACAUAGAGUUGUCUGAACACUGACUGCAGGUUUUAAACUACGACAUAGAGUUGUCUGAACACUGACUGCAGGUUUUAAACUACGACAUAGAGUUGUCUGAACACUGACUGCAGGUUUUAAACUACAACAUAGAGUUGUCUGAAGACUAACUGCAGGUUUUAAACUACAACAUAGAGUUGUCUGAACACUGACUGCAGGUUUUAAACUACGACAUAGAGUUGUCUGAACACUGACUGCAGGUUUUAAACUACGACAUAGAGUUGUCUGAACACUGACUGCAGGUUUUAAACUACAACAUAGAGUUGUCUGAAGACUAACUGCAGGUUUUAAACUACAACAUAGAGUUGUCUGAACACUGACUGCAGGUUUUAAACUACGACAUAGAGUUGUCUGAACACUGACUGCAGGUUUUAAACUACAACAUAGAGUUGUCUGAACACUGACUGCAGGUUUUAAACUACAACAUAGAGUUGUCUGAACACUGACUGCAGGUUUUAAAGAGUGAAAUCCUGCUCCCUCCCCAUCCCUUUCCCUUCAUCAUCCCCCUCUCUCCUGUUGUUCCUCUCUUCCCUUCUCUCCGUCUGCCAUCUUCCUUUUCUCUCCCACAUUCUACUCAUGUUGUCUCAACGGACCCUUCUCUCUUGGCUGCUGACACCUGUUGACCUAGUCUGAAAGCACCACAGACAUACAGCAACCAAACCUCUCCAUACCUUCUUUCCAGUCUUUCCUAUUCUGUCUAUCUAUAGUCCACCCUGGCACCCGGCACUAUUCCGUCUAAGGGGGAGGAGGACUUUCUGACCCUGGCCGCUUCUCGGUUCAGCCGUCGGAAGCGUGCCAUCGGAGCCGCCAUGGGCGUGGCCAUGGUUCUACUCCUCCUGAUAGCCAUCCCCCUAUUAGUUCACACCAUGAAAGGGGGAGGAGCUAGCCAAGGAAGUGGCGGUGAGGGGACCCAUUAUGAGAUGCUGGGGAGCUGCAGAAUGGUCUGUGACACAUAUAGUACUGCCCAACCAGGCCAGGAGCUGACAGCCAUGUCCCCUCAACCGGAAUACCCCGGGCGGAAGAAAACGGGGUACCGCGGGGUCCCUGGGAUCCCUGGUCCUCCAGGCGCCCGAGGACCCCCUGGGGAAUCAGGCAAGCCAGGGCCACAGGGGCCUCCCGGCCCUGGACCUAACGGUUACUUCCCCUCCUACAGCCCCAAAAUCGCCUUUUAUGCAGGGCUAAGGAAACAGCACGAGGGCAGCGAGGUGUUGAAGUUUGAUGAUGUGGUAACCAAUGUAGGGAACUACUAUGAGCCAAGUACUGGGAAGUUCACCUGUCCUCUACCUGGUAUCUACUUCUUCACCUACCAUGUUCUGAUGAGGGGCGGAGAUGGGACCAGCAUGUGGGCUGACCUGAAGAAGAACGGACAGGUGAGGGCCAGUGCCAUCGCCCAGGAUGCGGACCAGAACUAUGACUAUGCGUCUAACAGUGUGAUCCUGCAUCUAGACGUGGGGGACGAGGUGUGUGUACAGCUGGACGGGGGGAAGGUCCAUGGAGGAAACACCAACAAAUACAGCACAUUCUCUGGGUUCCUCAUCUACCCUGACUGACUGACUGAAUUGACCAACUUGACCGACUGGACUGACUGACCUUCACAACUUUAAAAAGACAAGAGAGGCUGUGGGUGGACUGCAGGAGCUGAAGGCAACACAGACAGAUACAGACAAACACACACACACACACAUACACACAUAUACACACACAUACACACACAAACAGUGCACACAAACAUACAUAAAAAA